AUUUGGGGGUUGUCACCAUUCUCGAUCCUUCCUCUUCCUCAUCCUCCGCUCCCUUUAAUUGAAUCAAAGCGGCGAAGUCUUUGCGGCGAACAACUGCCGCGUGGGUCGAGAUGUCUGACGAGCCGGCGGCGGUGACGGAGGAGGCUGCGGCGCGCCAGUGGCUGCGCUGGGACAAGAACGAGAAGACGAGAGCAACGGUGGAGAAGCUGCUGGAGGAUGGAGCGGUGUCGGAACUGCGGGAGAGGCUGGGCAGCCGUAUGGAGUUUGGCACGGCAGGGCUGCGUGCCGCCAUGGGAGCGGGAAGCUCGUGCAUGAACGACCUCACCGUCAUCCAGACCACGCAGGGAUUUAUGCGCUACUUGGAAAAGAUGUGUCCGGAUCUCAAGCAGAAAGGAGUGGUGAUCGGCCACGAUGCUCGUGCUGAUCCACUCAGCAAUUCCAGUAGCAAAAGGUUUUCCCGGCUGGCAGCGGUGGUGUUUUUGAGCCAGGGAGUCCCCGUCUACCUGUUCUCUCAGAUUUCACCAACCCCAUUUGUGCCGUACACGGUGGUGCACCUUGGUCUGUCUGCCGGCAUCAUGGUCACCGCCUCCCACAACCCCAAGCAAGACAAUGGCUACAAGGUGUACUGGAGCAACGGUGCCCAAAUCAUCUCGCCGCACGACACGGGCAUCGCACGGGCCAUUCAGGAGAACCUGGAGCCCUGGGAGGGGUCGUGGUUGGAAGCCCUGGCUGACACCAGCCCCCUCUGCAAGGACCCAUUUGCCGACAUCAAUCGCGACUACUUCAGCGACUUGCGCAAACUCUGCUUUCACAGGGAGCAGAACGAGUGCUCGCCCCUCAAGUUCGUGCACACGUCCGUGCACGGCGUGGGCCACGACUUCGUGCAGUCGUCGUUCGCCGCCUUCGGCCUCGCGCCGCCCAUCGCCGUGGCCGAGCAGAAGGACCCCGAUCCCGAGUUCCCCACCGUCAAGUACCCCAACCCGGAGGAGGGCAAGGGCGUGCUGAAUUUGGCGAUAAAGCUGGCGGAGCGAGAGGGGGCGCGAGUGAUCCUCGCAAACGACCCUGACGCGGACCGUCUGGCCGUGGCCGAGCGGCAGGACGCUGGGGACUGGAAGGUGUUCACGGGCAAUGAGGUGGGAGCGCUGCUCGGGUGGUGGCUCUUCUACUGUUGGAAGGAGCGCUCGCCCCCAGGCACUCGCGCGCCCCUGGACCGCAUCUCCAUGCUCUCCAGCACCGUCUCCUCCAAGAUCCUGCGAGCCAUCGCCCACAAAGAGGGGUUCCACUUCGAGGAGACACUCACCGGCUUCAAGUGGAUGGGCAACCGUGCCAAAGAGCUCAUGGACCAAGGCAAGACCGUGCUGUUUGCCUUCGAGGAGGCCAUCGGGUUCAUGUGCGGCACCACCGUUCUCGACAAGGACGGCGUGAGCGCGGCGGCUGUUGCGGCCGAGAUGGCGAUUCACCUCGCCACCAAGAAGCUAACGCUUACCAAACAGCUCACCCUCAUCUACGAGGAGUACGGCUACCACAUCUCGCGCACCUCCUACUUCAUCUGCCACGAGCCACCCACCAUCAUGCGCAUGUUUGAGCGCCUUCGCAACCGGGCAGGCGCGGAGGAGCAAGACGGCGCGAGCGGCGGCGGCGGCCGGGCGGCGUACCCCACGCGCUGCGGGCCCUACGAGAUCGCCCACGUGCGGGACCUCACCACGGGCUACGACAGCACCCAGGCCGACAAGCGCGCCCUGUUGCCGAGCAGCAGCAGCAGCCAGAUGAUCACGUUCACCUUCGCCAACGGCUGCGUGGCAACGAUGCGCACGAGCGGCACGGAGCCCAAGAUCAAGUACUAUGCCGAGAUGUGCGCUACGCCCGGCAAGAGAGACACGGUUGGUCUGGCCAAAGAGCUGGAUGACUUGAUAGAAGCCAUGGUGGAGAACUUCUUCCAGCCAGAGAAGAACAGUUUGAUUCGACGUGCGGCGUGAAGAGGCGACUGCCGUUUCCACAACGACCACCAAGACCACCACGUCCUCCCAAUUCCAGAAAGCAUUGACACAUGCUUGCCGGUGUCGCAGUUUGGCACGCUCGCUUGCAAAGCACAUUUUUGUUGUUCACCAGUUUAUUUCCCAAGAUUUAAUUACGUACUGUAAUGCAGUAAGCACCUUGGGCUUUUCGUAGUGGCAGCGUCUGUUUAAAAGAGGCACUGCAAUCAAGCUGACGUUAAUCCCAAGUCUUAUCUUAGCUUUUUAAGUUUAAAGCUUAAGGUGCAGCGACUAAGUUGUCUGGUUUUUCAGUAAAUUGAGAAACCGCACGUAUCAUUUCUACAAAACAGGGUGAGUAGUUAGGUCGCGUAAGCCCUCCAAAGACUCCACAGCAUUUGUGCAUGGACAUUGCGCUUUACGUGGCAAAUCUGCCAUUUUGAUUUAAUUUAUCUUUAACUCGAGUUUGUGUUUAUUUGAAAGAGGUAUAUAUAAUAAAGCAGUUCACACUACACGAUUAGCAGCUUAGUCUGCAUCAACAUCGGUAUUCUGGUCAGCCACUGGUCCAGUUGGUUACGAGAUGAACAACUAUUUCACGUCGAUUUGUGUUUACUUGACUGCAAGCUCUUGUCCACGUAACGUUUUGCUGUGCGCGCGUGUCGAGCGCACUCCCAAGUCUUGCGCUCUUGGGUUUUUCGUUUUGUUGAGCCAUGUGCACACCAACAGUUGUUCACUGGAGGCAAGUGGGUGGUGCGUUUCACGUUUGCACCUUGAAACCACCGACAUGGUUUAAAUUUGUUUUAAUGUAACGUUAUGUACGAUGUGCCCAUGACUAGCUUCAUUACAAAUCGUCAAUUUCAACUAAUUUCACCCCACUCUUUCACUAAGGUGGUGGCUUGCAGUGUAAAGCAAGUUAAAACGCAGAUGUCGCAUUAAUUUAAACAAAUGUGCACUGGCUUAUAUGGAGAAGAGCCACCUGGUUAAAAUAGCAUUAGAAUAUCGUUUAUAGUAAUAAUAAAAAACAGCUGCGAUGUUGCAGCGUUCGUUUGUGGCAGCACCUGGUUUUGUGACCAAUUUGAGCCAUUUUGAGAAGUCUUAACCGGUUUCCUCUGAACUCCAUCAGAUUUGAUCGCCUGUUGACGUCGUCUUCAUUUGUAAACUGCCAUUUGGGGGUCAUGUCCAAGAUGUGUUAAGAAAAAUAAAAAAAAAUAUCGGUGACUGAA